AUGGCAAGUGCUUCUUCACAGGAGGAAGAUACAAAAGGUCAUUCGUCUUCACCUUCUUCAAAAGAAGAUGGCAAAAAGGAUGAUGACACAGCAAGAUUCGAUUGUAAUAUAUGCUUGGAUGUAGCGAAAGAUGCAGUGGUAUCAAUGUGUGGCCAUUUGUUUUGCUGGCCAUGUCUUCAUCAAUGGCUCGAUACACGUCCAAACAGGCAACUUUGUCCUGUUUGCAAAUCUGCUAUUAGCAAAGACAAAGUAAUACCGCUCUACGGGAGAGGUGGUAAUGAUACAGAUCCUCGCGAAAAAGUUCCACCUCGUCCAAAAGGUCAUAGAACCGAAAUGCCUCAGAGUUCGUUUCAAGGCUUUCCGGGCUUCCAAUGGGGUGGUGAAAAUGGUGGUGUUCAAUUUUCGAUGGGAAUAGGAGUUUUUCCCAUAUCGUUCUUCGCUUCAUUUUUCAAUACAGGCUUUGGAGAAAGACGCCCUGAAGCUCCAGCACCAGGUACUAGACAAGCAGAAGAGGAGCAGUUCUUAUCGAAUCUUUUCAUGUAUAUCGGUAUAUUUUUCGUCGUUUGGCUACUGAUUUUGUAA